UACAACCGCGUCCUGAUCGGCCAGGUGAUCAAGUCAUUGUUCACUCGUGGUGGAAUUCUCUCCUGUGCUCACAGAUGCUUGUCUCUUCCGUCAUGUUCAUCAUACAAUUACCAAAUGUCAGAGUCCGACUAUGGCAAUUGUGAAUUAAACGGCGGAAAAGAGGGCGAUCAGGAAAACUUGGUGGAAAGAGCUGGCUAUGUUUUCGCACGGCAAAGAAAGGUAACUUGACUGUGUUUGCCACCUUGGUUCAUCUUCCUUAAAAUAACUUCAGAAUCAUAGCAUUUUCAUUAAAAAAAAGUACCAAAACGAAAGCAGAGAACAGUAAGAUGUCUUUAAUAAACUCGAGAUAGGACUUGUCAGAGCUCGUAGAAGGUUAACCCUUCUGCGGUCUUUUUCAUUUUCGCAGCCGCCACGCAGCUGCAAAGAGGCAAGACAGCAGAUCAGUAAGCCUGUAUCAGGCUUUUUCUGUAUCCAAGACAACAACGGUGAUAUGUUUAAAGUCUACUGCGACUUCACCUCAGAGCCCGGUUGGGCCUGGACUCUAGUUAUGUCAGAAACCUUACAGAACGUUGGCAAACCUUUUACCCAACGGGGUUUGUUCACAAAUGAGCCAAUGAGCUCAGAGGUUCCCAACUGGGAGGCAUACAGGCUUCAAUUAGACCGCAUGAAAGGGUUGAGAUCUGAGUCAACACACUGGCGAAUAACUUGCAGCUUCGAUCCUGCCAGCGUUUUCGACUAUAGAGAUUACGUUCGAGCAAAGUUUACAAACUUCGACUUGUUGACUCAUCGGGAUAGGGGUAGGAAAACUUGUAAACUUGUCGAUUACAUCGAUGUCCAUGGACACAACUGUAAAAACUGCACCGCAGUUUGGUAUCAGGCCGGUGAGUUCAUUUUAACCCACAAAAGCAAUGAAAGCCUUUGCGAAUUUGGUAGCGCACCAGGGUCCAUUCAAGUUCAUGGUACUUAUAGCGAGCAAAAUUUUGGUCGGUAUGCAUUUUACAAUCCUAACUUCCGGUGCACAUCAAAUAGCUCUGCCACAACCAACUACUGGUUUGGUUCACAAGUUUGA